CUUGAAACAACUUACGAUACAAUACGAUGGCAAACGAUCAGGUACCACAGGAUGAGGUAUGACACAAUACAAUCAUGUGCCGAAUGAUACAGGAUGAUAAGAAACAGUACGACUCGGAUAAGAUAUGAUACAAUAUGGAACCUGUUGAUCAGAUCACCUGCACAGACAAGCAGAUUCAACACAUCAGAGAGGGAAGCCCCUAGACAACAUCUACAAUCCAUAAAGAUUCAAUGGUUAUGCCAAACACCUUGGUCACCACCUACGGGCUCCCGUCCAACUUGGGGACUGGGAGCUCGUUGUCGGACGAGCAGUCCAGAACACGGCGGGUGCAGCAGCAGGUCCAGAUGAGACUGGCCGAAAAGUCCACACUUCCGCGUCAGAAUGGCUCGACCUCAAACUACGCCAUGUCAGACUACGGUGGUUCUUCAACAAUGAAAUAUCAUACCUUCAACCCGGGCUUCACCUCAAAAUCCAACUACAUCUCCGGCUCCAGAACAAUGGGUCCACGUAUAUCUCAGAGGACUUCAGGCUUCAGCGCCCAGUCUGCAGGCCCAGACCUUGCCCAGAUGACCCGGAUCAGUAUGGGUGGUGCAGGCGCUGGGUUUAGGGGUGGAGGUGCUGCUGGUUAUUACCAAGAAGACAUUCGCAUGGGUGGCUACCAGGGCAAUGUCAGGCCACGGAGCCAUGUUGAUCCAGAGACCCUUUCUAUGCAUGCAGUCAGGGCGCACACGGCGCAGGUAAAUCCCUGGAUGAUUGACAACAGUGAUGCUGGCAGCCUGAUGUCCGACCGAGACGCCACUUUCAACCGCCAGUACACUCAGAGUGUCAACAACGGCUACAGCAGCCAGGUGAGGCAAGGAGGAGGCCCCAUGACCUUUCAGGGUACCUUGCCACGAUCUCUUAGCGGCACUCUCUCCCGUGGCGGGGGGAUGACAGGAGGUGAGACUGAGAUCGUUCAGCAACACUCCUUCAAAGGCCCUGCCCACCGCACCAUCAGCAGGAUUACAAACCGAAACCGGUCAAACAUGGGGUCCGUGUCUGGGACCAUGCAGCAGUUCUCAGGUGGGAGCUUCAUUGGUGGAGGAGGGGACAGAGUGGACAGAGGGUUCAUUGCAUCUGGAGUGUCCUCUGGUUCCCAGGGCAACCUGAUGCAGCGCCAGGGGACCCUGUCCCGCACCAUGUCCGUCAGAAGCAUGCAGAGUGUGGGCAGGGGCAUGGAUAUCUUCGGAGGGCAGCUGGAGAUGGGAGCUAGCAUGGGCAACCUCAGCGGGAUCAACUCUUUGGACAUGCACACUGCUGUGCAGAACCUGAGCGAGCCUGAUCCUGAGCUGCAGGUUCUGGGUGCUGCCUACAUUCAACACGAGUGUUACAAUGACAGCGAGGCCAAAAACGAGGUGCGUCGCCUGAAGGGAAUCGGUGAGCUGGUGAAGCUAUUCAACUCUGAAAGCCAGGAAGUGCAGCGGUUUGCCACCGGCGCCACACGCAACCUCAUCUAUGAAAAUAUGGACAACAAGGUAGCCCUGAUCGAAGAGGGCGGCAUCCCACAGCUGGUGGAGGCGCUGAAAGAGAACGACGAUGAGCUGCGCAAAAACAUCACAGGUAUCCUCUGGAACCUUUCAUCCAAAGACAACCUGAAGGAGAAACUGGCUCGUGAGACACUUUCUGAGCUCACCGAUAAGAUUCUUAUCCCUCAGUCAGGCGGCGGAGAAACAGACUACAUCCAGCAGUCCCCGUCUGAGACAGAAAUCUUCUACAACACCACAGGAUGCCUCAGGAAUCUGAGCUCUGUGAGUGAGAAGACCCGUCAGCUGAUGAGAGAAACACACGGCCUGGUGGACUCUUUGGUGAGCUACAUUAAGCUCUCCCUCGAUGAAAACAAGGGAGAAGACAAGGGUGUUGAAAAUGCAGCAUGUGUCUUGCGGAACCUCUCCUACCAGCUCUACAGUGAGAUGCCUCCAUCUGCCAUGAUGCGCCUGGAAGGGCCAACUAGAGAUCAGGAUUCAGGAAAUGGUGAUGCCAUUGGCUGCUUUACACCUCAGAGCAGGAAGGCCAAAAAUAAAAAGAACCAGAAUCUGCCCACUUUCACAGAGGUCGCCCGAGUGCCAAAGGGUGUGGAGUGGCUGUGGCACCCACAGAUCGUGGGGCUGUACACCCGUGUUCUGCGUGAUUGUGAGAUUAACUCCACCACCCGCGAGGCAGCUGCUGGAGCGCUGCAGAACAUUACCGCUGGAGACAAGAGGUGGGCGUCAGUCUUGAGCCAGGUGGCUCUGGAUAAGGAACGUGUGCAGCCUGUUGUGAUGGACCGCCUGCGAACUGAGCGUGAUCUGGAGCUGCGAUCUCUCACAGGCUUUCUCAGAAACUUGUCUCGUCAUUCCUCAAAUAAGGAGGCCAUGGCCACAACAGUAGUUAAGCACCUGGUGACCAAGCUGCCUGCAGACGGACACCAGAAGGAGCCCUCCAGCGAGGUGGUGGUCAACAUCUGUGGAGUUCUCAAUAACCUGGUGACCGGCAGCUCUCUAGCUGCCAGAGACAUCUCCUUCUUCGAUGGCCUGACUAAACUGGUCGCCAUCAAAAACUCACAUGACAGCAGUUCUGGGAAGAUGAAAGCAGCCAAAGCAGCAGCCACAGUUCUCAGCAACAUGUUCCAGUACAAGAAACUGCACAGCACAUACAAACAGAAAGGGUUUACGAGAGGGGAUUUUGUAGACAUGACAAUCUGAAUCAGCGGAGAUCUGCACCCAUCCAGCACCCAUAUGGAAGAAAUCCUUUCAGAUGUAUGGGAUGAAAUUAACUCUUCAUACUAUUCAAAGACAAUGUAGAUUCACAUCUGAUCUGCCAUACUUUGAGAACAAUGCAUGCAUGAUGGAAGAAGAAGCGAUGAAAGGACUUUCUGCAGUUCAAGAAAUGUGGAUUAAGUUUGACGGACAAUGGAUGGACUCUGAUGUGUGCACCUUAAGUAUAUUGUCUUUGAACACGUUUUGUUUUAGUGUGGAAUCAGGGAUUUCUCAUCUGUCUGAGCUACUUUUAUUCUGAUCAAACUGAAGCUGUUUGUGUAUCUGCUGUUUAAAAACUGAUGAUGAACACACUUCUCUUCUCACUGCUGCGCGUCUAACGUCAUGAAUGCAACAUUGCAGUGCUAACACUGCACCUUUGUAAAUAAUGCUUCUACUUUUACACAGAAAUGAUAUGUAUUUUACUCUAGCAUUGUACUUUGUAUUUGAUAAGAUAUAUAUUAGAUAGAGAUGUUUCUAAUGAGCUACGAUUAUAAUAUAGUUAUAACUGAAUGUAAGCUGCAGGAGAUUAAAACUGUUAUUAAAUAAGAUUUAUAAAUGUUGGGACAAUGACCGUGCCUCCAAAGUUGACUUUGUAUUUGGUAAUUUGACUUCCAAACAUGCAAAUUCUGUUUUUUCAUAGAAAGAAAUACUAAUGAUUAACAUUUAUAGUGUCUUUGUCUGACAUCAGUCAGACCUCCAUCAUAUGUUUCUUUAUCUUUAACAAACUGUUAUCUGCUGUUGCUAUGUUUUAACAAAUGAUGAGUGAUAUACACAGGAUACAGACCUGAUAUUUGUUCAGUACUUCAGGUCUAUGUGUUCAUAAAUGACCAUUUGUAAAAGGCGUAUCUCUCUUCAGAUUGAGGCCUUGUUCAAAUGGAUUUAGAUUGGCAAGUCUAUUGAUUUUAUUGUUUUUGUGUCACUUGUAAGUAUUCAAACAAAAAUAAUUUGAACUGUAAAUAUUUCUGCUGUGUGAAAAAAAUGGUAAGCUUUCUGGGUGUUUGAAAAGAUAGUUGUGUUAAAAACCAGCAGAUGCUGGAUGUUUUCCAUCAAAUAAAUAGAAAGAUGUGGAAGUGA